AUGCUAACUAUUGAAGCUUAUACAUAUCAAAGAGCAUUUGGUGGAUCAUAUAUCUCAACUCUAAAAAAGCUUGCCAAUACUAAAUGCACUAUUAAUUCAGAUAACUCUCAAACAGGUAAAAAUAAAAAUUUACAAUGUCUUUUUGUUCUUCAACCAUAUCUGGAUAUAGUCAAUUUAGAUAGAGUUCCUAUGCUAACUCCAAUUUGCUCAC